UUCAGAUACAAUGAAUGUCGUACCAACGGUGGCAGUCAAGUUCCCCCUCCGCUCCGAUAGGGGGCAGUCACACCUUCGAGAGCCCCAUCGCUCCUCUAUGCGCAAUAGUCCUCUGACACCGCAGAAGAAGAGCGCUACGAGGCGCCAAAAUUGAAAAUACGUUGGUCGGGAAACGAAGAGCAGCUACAUGGCGGAGAACACUUUCCCGAGCUACAAAGUGGAUUUUCUUGUGCAGUUUAUCCGGAGUGAUAUCCUCACAGGACAGGAGGCGAAACACUUCACUAAAAAUGACAUAACUCCCACUACCAAGCCAGAAUCACUCCAGAGACUCUACAUGAGGAUCCUGCAGCUCCUGUAUCACAUCAAGCCUGAAUUUCACUACAUGGUGACACUGGAUGAAAAUAUCCAAUACCCCAUGUUACACGAAGGAGUCACACCUAUAAUGAGUCUGUAUCUCCGGAUGUGUAAUUUUCUGCCAGUUUGUCAUGUAUAUGACUUCCAACUAAAUGACCUUCUCAACCCAAAAGCAAAACGAACAAUUUAUAUUUUAAGUGGUAUAAUAAAUUUCCUGCAGUUCAGAAAAGUGAGGCUUGACAUGACAUCUGAGUACCAGCAGAGUUUUAGAGCAGACAUGGAUAGGUGGCAGGCCUAUAACAGGGGAGUCAAAGAAUUGGAGAAAAAGAUAGAGAAGUUGACGACCAUUCCCCCGGAGCAGCAGGCCGAGGCAAAGGAGCUGGCUGCGGCACUCACGGAGAUUCACAGUGCCACCACACAUGAGUAUCAGGAAGCGAAUGCAUUAAACCAACAAGUUGCGGAAUGGAAAACAGAAAUUGCAGAAAGGUCACAGAAAGUGACUCAGCGGAAACUGGAGGUGGCCACGCUGAAGAAUGACAUCGCAAAGCUCAAAUCCCAGAUUGUAGAAUCACCAGAAGAGCUCCGCAGUGAGAUGGAAAAAUUGAAAGAUAAAGUGAAGACCAUCAAAAACUCUAAAGAGGAUGUCAAUGCCAGGCUGGUGGAGUGGCAGAUAAAGGUGCAGGCUGUGCACCAGAACAAAGCUGAUUUCCAGCUCCUGAACAAAGUACUACAGGACCUGGAGGUGGGCAUGGACAAGAUGAACAGCCAGCAGGAGAAGAUUCAGACCCUGUCAGCAGAAUGCGAAAAGAUGAAGAAGGAGCUGAAGAACCUGGUGACGGAGGAGGGCCAAAUGAAGAGGGCUCUUGAGAUGAAGAUGGACAAGCUGUCGAAGCAGCAGAUCCGUAGACAGAAGAAGAGGGAGAUGAAAGAUCAGCUUGUUCAGAAUGUCUUGGGACAGUAUAACCAGGUCCAUCAGAAACGGGAGGAGAUUGUGGAGCAGAUAGAGGAGGUCAACAGAGAGACUCAGCAGAUUAAGGCCCGGAUUCAGGCUCUGAGGGACGUCUGCAGCCUGGAGACAGACAAAGCUCAGGGUCUCUAUGAGCACCUGCUGUCUGCGCUGGACAACUUUCACAAGAGGAUCGAGCACCACGUUGUGCAGGGGAAUGAGGAUAUUGUCAAAAUGAAAGCACAUUAUUAGCAAGGCACUGUAGUAUUAUGGGUUUGUUUGUAUUUCUACAUCCUUAUAGUUUUAUGUACUGUUUGUGUAGAUACUGUUUUACCUUGUUAUAGCAUUCCUUUCUAGUGCUAAUAAAACCAAUAGUCUAUUGCUACUGUAUACAACAAAUGAAAGCACCACUGAACAGUUAAAACCAUGGAUGCAGAAUGCAUAGAACCUGACA